AGAAGUGUGAUCCGUUUUAUUGCUCCUUUUGGUUUUGCUGUAAAUGUAAAAUUGUUUGGAUGUGGUGUUCUGGUCGUAAGUGGCUUUCUGUUGCGAGGUAACUCCCUACAUCAUGCGUUAGUUGAGAUUCCCUACAUCAAGCUGUCCUUACUCUUUACGUUUACCAUGUGCGUGUUGUUAGGUUGCCAUCCGGCUACAACAAAGUCGUCCUCUUCCCUCGGUCAGUUUUUUCUUUUUUUUGUUUUCCAUCAGCGUAUAUAUCGUUUUGCGCACAUAUCGCCAACAAUGUGGGAGCUAUAAUUCAUUCGCUCACUCCCCCACCCAUUCUUUGAUGUGUAUCCGGUGGCUUUCAGUUUCAGUCGUUGUCUUCUUCGUGGGAGCUAUAAUUCAAUAUCGAUGGAAAAAAGUAGGCGCUUUUAAAUCAAUGCGAAACGACUAUUACGACGCGAACGGCCGCAACCUGCAACGGGUUAAAGAGUCAGGAGCGUUUAGAUUUAAACUCAUGCUGAAAAUAAUUGCGACCUGCAGCAGGAGUCAGUCUUUUUAAAAUAUAGAUAGAUCAUUUUGUUGUUGUUUAUUAUAGUUUUCAGCUUUAGUGCAAUUCUAUAGUCUACCAACUGAGAAACCAACCGUCUGGGCCGGAGCCCCUGUCUCUAAAGAAACAAAGACUCUCACUCGCAGCUUGCUCGUAAGAUUUAAUUUUCAUAAGAAGAAACGACUACACUAGAAAAAAUAUCAGCUACGGUCGAAACUUGAAAUAGCG